AGCAAUUGAUUGAAUACCAGCGCCCAUUAAUCUACAUCACACCAGAGCAGACUCUUUUAGACGCUGUCCAUAUGCUGCUUGAGCACAAGGUACAUCGUUUGCCAGUGAUUGAUUCCGUCGGCGGUAAUCCUUUACAUAUUCUCACUCAUAAGCGACUUUUGAAGUACCUUCACCUCCAUGCAAGUUGUCUCUACAUUCCAUCCCUUAAUUUAUUUAAUUAA